AGCGUGCGAUUGGUGGAGAGUAGUCAGACCCCCAGCAGGAGAAGCAUCGCCAUCCCUUUACUAUUCCCCAGCCGAGGACUAAACUUUCAUCUGGCUGGCAGAUUAGAGUCUAGUUAUCUGCAGCAGCAGAUCUGAGCUGGCUGAUUAACUAACAGGACUUUACAAGUUACCAUAGUGUCAUUGCCGCUGUAGCUCUGUCGGUGCCUAUUGCUGCAGUGAGGCGACCAGGCUCUACAUGUUACAAGGUGUACCUUUCUCACUACUGGAUUAAUACUAGUGCUUUGUCAGAGGAACGUCUGAAUUGACCUGGGAUAUUCCUCUGCUUUCUUCCUGAGCCCCGCUCGUAUCAUCGGGAUAUUUUUACAUCCGAGAAGAAAUGAAACGGAAGCUGUCAGAGUCAGGAUGAGGCAGCACUGCCCAGUGACUAUAUGAGGGAGGCGGGUGGAGGCUAAGAUGUGUAAGAGGCUGGCCGUCACCCACAACAAGAUUGUUCCAGGAUGAAGUUUUGGCAGCGACUUGUGAUCCUAUGCAGCUCUGCAUUCAUAACCCUUACAGUUCUGUACUACUACACUGACGAUGGCCUGUACGAGAACCCCCACAUCAACCAUGCACGACUGGUGGAGCCCAACUACUGGCCAGUCAAACACUUCUCCUUGGAACAGGACGCCAGCAUGUGUCACUUUCAACAGACAGCCAAAUCCAGUUCAAACAUCUCUACAUUUGACGUGUACCAGCAGACAGACUUCAACUUGCACCCUGACGGGUCCUAUGAGAUGCCGACAGCACCUCCUGACUUCCCCAGCCGAGUGGACCAUGAUCUAGAACAUCUUGAGGUGAUUGUGGUGCCCCACUCGCACAACGAUCCAGGAUGGCUGAAGACUGUAGACGAGUACUAUGUGGACCAGACCAAGCACAUUCUUACCAACAUGGUCAACAAACUGACCGACUACCCCAACAUGACCUUCAUUUGGGCAGAGACAGUGUACUUCAGUAUGUGGUGGAACGAGCUGGAGGACGCUGUGAAAGUGCACGUGCGCCGCCUGGUCCGUCGUGGGCAGCUGGAGAUUGUCCUGGGUGGAUGGGUGAUGCCUGAUGAAGCAUCCACCCACUAUGUGUCUGUGAUCGAUCAGCUUCUGGAGGGACAUCAGUGGAUGUGGGAGAACCUGGGGGUGAAACCCGAGAACAGUUGGUCAAUUGACCCAUUCGGAUAUUCUGGGACUAUGCCGUAUCUGUGGAAGAAGGCUGGCAUGGAGAAUAUGGUGAUUCAGAGAGUGCAUCAGGCAAUCAAAGGAUCUCUCAUAUCCAAAAACAGUCUUGAGUUCAUGUGGCGACAGUACUGGGACACAAAGGGAAGCAGUGACAUCCUGUGUCACGUCAUGCCCUACAUGUUGUACAGCAUCAAAUACACCUGUGGACCAAAUAGGUUCAUUUGCUUACUGUUUGACUUCAGGCAGGUCCCAAAUGAAUUCUCUGAGAGCAGAGCAAAGGGUAUUACCUCUGACAACCUUGAAAAACAAGCCAAAUAUUUGUAUGAACAAUAUCGCAAAAAGUCCUACCUUUAUAAAUACAACACUAUCCUUGUCCCUCUGGGGGACGACUUCCGCUUCGACUACGAGGUUGAGUGGGACCAACAGUACACAAACUAUGGGAAGCUUAUGAACUAUAUGAACAAUAGAAGAGACUGGAACAUUAAUGUGAGAUUCGGAACCCUCAAGGACUACUUUGAUCACAUGAAGGAGCAGAAAAACAAGAUGUUUUUCAAGAAGAAUAAAGAUCUCCCUGUCCUGAGCGGGGAUUUCUUCCCCUAUUCUGACAGGAACAAUGAGUACUGGACAGGUUACUACACUACAAGACCUUUUGACAAGAAGUUUUCCCGGGACGUCCAGAACCAUAUCCAGGCUGCAGACACACUGAACACUGUGGCGUAUGCAUAUUUCAAAAAGUGGAGGAUGCCAACUAGAGAUCAUUACUUCAAGUACGCCACUUUCUUACAACAGGCUCGCAGAAGUCUGGGAUUGUUUCUUCAUCAUGAUGCCAUCACAGGAACCUCCAAGGAAUAUGUGGUUGUGGAUUAUGAAACUCAGCUCCUUCAGGCUUACAAUGCCACGCAGUCGGUGAUGCAGAUGACGAUCCAGUCGCUGCUGUCGCAGGGCAAGGUGGAAACACCACUUGUGUUCCGCCCAGAAACAGUGAGGCGGAACUUCAAUGAGCAGCCCAGGAAGCAGAACAUUGAGGUGGGGGAGGAGGGCUCCAGGGUAGUCCUGUUCAACCCUCUCGCCCAGUACAGGAGAGAAGUCAUCCAUCUCCAUGUCAACACGGAUCAUCUGAUCGUUAAAAAUGAUAAGUUGCAUGUGAUCCCUUGCCAGAUAAAUCCAAUAUGGGAUGACAGCUUAAUUGUCUCAAAUAUGAAAUUUGAGGUGGUGUUUAUUGCUGAGUUGGCGCCAUUUAGUAUAACACCUUUCAUGUUAUUCAAAACAGAUGAAUUUGAUCGUGACAAUGUCUUCCCAGCCAAGAUAUCUGUGUAUAAUACUGAGACUCUUAUAGUACCACCAGACCUCAGAUUUCCCCAGGCAAGGCCCAAGAAAGACAGCACUAACCCAAUAGUGAUGGAGAAUGAGAAUAUUAAGCUUGUGUUUGAACCCACCAGGGGAGGACUGCAAUACAUAAUCGAAAAAGCCACAGGCAACAAGACCGAUAUUGGUCUGGAGUUUUUAGCCUAUAAAUCCCAGGGCAGUGGCGCCUAUCUUUUCUAUCCUUCUAGUGAGGCCAAACCUGCAUUCUACAUCAACAACAUUCCAGUUAUUCGUGUGAUUGAAGGACCUCUGAUGUCGAGACUGGAGGUACUAUUUCAGCCGUACCUGCAGCAUUCAGUCCAACUGUACAGCCACCCCGAGCUGCAGGCGACCGGAGUCCGCAUCGCCAACACCAUCAACAUCAAAAUGUUGAAGGAGAAGGAAAUCAUUAUGAGAAUGAAAACAGACAUUCAUAACAAAGACUCAUCAUACUACACGGACCAAAAUGGAUUCCAAAUGAUCAAACGCAAAACAAAUAAAAAUGUUCGCAUUGAGGCUAACUACUACCCGAUGACCUCGACAGCAUUCUUAGAGGAUGAACAUCGAAGGCUGACGUUACACUCCAGUCAGUCGCAUGGUGUAGCUGCUCUGGAAUCUGGUUGGCUGGAGGUUAUGCUAGACAGGCAGACCAUCUACGAUGACAACCGUGGACUUCAGGAGUCGAUUGAGGAUAUCAAGGAGGUUACAUUGGAUUUCUUGUUGCUCCUUGAGAAGCGGAACCAUAUUUCCAAACAGCCAGAUGCCCACUAUGCACUACCAUCGCUGCUCAGCAUUUCCUUAAACGACAUCCUCCAGCAGCCAGUCAUAAUUUACUUCAGUCUUGUAGAUUCCGACAUAUUUCAGCGAACUCUGCUGCCAUUGGGAGCAGCACUGCCCUGUGACACGACAGUGGUUAGUUUCCGUAGUCUCUCCACAGCAAACCUGGCCUACAAUGGUACAAGUUUGAUUUUACAUCGCCGUGGUUACAACUGUGAUUUCCCUGCUAGAGGGUUGCAAUGUGCUGUGACUGACAGGUCUGUGUCUCUUGCAUCAUUGCUCAAGGACUUUCCAGUGGGGUCUCUAAGGGAGACAACUCUCACCCAUCUUUAUGACAAAGCCACUGUUGAUCUUCAUUCUCCUUUAGAGUUAUCUCCCAUGGAAAUUGUAACAUACCAUAUACGGUGGUAGUCUUGUGAAAGGAUUGGACAGGCUGGAAACAAAAGGCAUCUACACCCAACAAGCAUAGACUUCAUAGACAGAUAUGGUACGAAUGCCUGUCAGUGACUUUGUUCUCACAUUUCCACCAGUGUAAGCACUAGGUCAAGCAUAAGACUCCAGUGAUGACAUAAAUCAUGCAUAAGUGCUGUCCUUUUAACAAUAACUGUAUUCAUGCAGAUAGAAAUACAGAUCAUUAUUUAUUUUC